GGUCGUUUAUAGGAUGAAAAACAGAGAUGAGUUCAUUCAUUAUGUCGCGCGAUAUGGCCACAGUCCCCGAGCUCGUUAUUGUGUGGUCCAUUUGCACCUGCGCUCAUGCGAGAGGGCUUCACCAAAUAAGGAUAUGUGAGAGACCCUUGUUGGGAUGACGUUGAACGUGAAAUAGGAAGGAACAGAGGGGUUGUAAUGUUUUAGAUGAAGACCUAAACCGGAGGGGAAACACUGAGCUAAUCUGGUUACAUAAGAAGCUAUUGAAUUUGCAGCACGUCUCUAUACUAAUCCGCUGAAAUAUUCAUGUUCAACUGUCCCGCGGCGGAGUAACACAAGGGGCACACACACGCGCACACUUGUGGCUCUGAGGGCACAGAUGCACUUCAUGCCCGCGGGCCGUAUGAAAUAAGAUACAUUUACAGACUGAUAUCUUUGAGCUUCAUACAUCUAAACGCACCUCUGCAGGAGCUGCUAUGCCCCACGUUGCAAACCCGAACUGGCGGCUUGUGCUGUUCGCGCCCGUGACGAUUCCGCUGACGCGCCACUAGCCGCACCACCCAGGAGACGAAGAGGAGAGCUGUGAGCGACGGAGCGAGAAGGGGACUGACUGGAAACCGGUCUCUCUUUCUUUUCUCCUUCCUUGACGACCGUGGACGGAAGGCUUCUGCUGUGCAAGUCCCGUGGACGAUAUUUGACCAGCGGUAAUCCAGCAUCACCGAGGCUCUUGUGCAGAGAUGGAGGUACCAGGCUUUGCGCACAACAUCACCAGUCCAUUAAGUCCCUGCGAGGGGAUGAUCAAGGACCUGAGCUUGGACGCCCUACAGUUAUGUGAGCGAGAUGGAAGUAAAUCCCAGGACAGCAGCAUCUCCGAGAUCGAGGAGCUCCCUGUUCCUCAGAACAUCAAGAUCAGCAACAUCACCUGCGACUCCUUCAAGAUCUGCUGGGACAUGGAGCCGCGCAGCAAGGAGUGCAUCACACACUACUUCAUUGACCUGAACAAGAAGGAGAAUAAAAACUCAAACAAGUUCAAACACAAGGAUGUUCCUACCAAGCUGGUAGCCAAGGCAGUGCCCCUGCCCAUGACGGUUCGGGGCCACUGGUUCCUGAGCCCACGCACAGAGUACACCGUGGCCGUGCAGACCGCAUCAAAACAGACUGACGGGGACUACAGCAUCUCCGAGUGGAGCGAGAUCAUCGAGUUCUGCACUGCUGAUUAUUCCACAGUGCAUUUAAACCAGCUGCUGGAAAAGGCAGAAGUCAUCGCCGGCCGGAUGCUACGUUUGUCUGUCUUCUAUAGGAACCAGAAUAAAGAGUACUUUGACAACACCAGGGAGACGCAGGAGAGCCGGAUACUGCAGUCAGUGAAAGACAACAGUGGCAGCCACGGCUCUCCCAUCAGUGGCAAACUGGAGGGAGUUUAUUUCAGCUGCAACACAGAGUUCAACACAGGCAAGCCUCCGCAGGACUCCCCUUACGGCCGCCACCGCUUUGAGGUUCAGGCUGACACGCUCUUCAACCCAGACACCAACCUGUACUUUGGAGACUUCUACUGCAUGUACACAGCCUACCACUAUGUUAUCCUGGUCCUGGCGCCAAAGGGCUCCGCGGGUGACGACUUCUGUAAGCAGAGGCUUCCUGCGCUAGACAUCACCAACAACCGUUUCCUUACCUGCAAGAAGGAUGAAAAGGGGGACGGCAGUCUGGUGUUUCACCACGCCCAGGAUGUCAUCCUGGAGGUGAUCUACACGGAGCCCGUAGACCUGGCAUUAGGAACGGUUGCUGAGAUCAGCGGGCACCAGCUGAUGAGUAUGUCCACAGUAAAUGCCAAGAAGGACCCCAGCUGCAAGACCUGCAACAUCAGUGUGGGGCGCUAAGAAACGGCAGAAUGUAGGAGAGGGAGGGGAGGACUAGAGGUGACUGACCUCUAAACACACACAGGAAGUCCACAUGUACUGAUGAAGCAGACCAACACAUGCAUGAAGCAGCAGAUUUAGUAGGCUACCAGACAUGCACAGCAACAUAUCUCUGACACUGCUCUGUACUCCGAAGAGACCAUCAUUCCCAAAGAAGAGUGGACAAAAAAAAAAAAGAGGAAGGCACACACUCUGACACCUGCACUGUUUUCUCCUCGUCUGAAAAGUGUUACCUUAAAUGUUGAAAACAUAAAUAAAAACAUACAUAAAGAUAUUGCAUAUAACAGACAUCUAAACCUGGGACAACACAGCUCCACCCAUCCUGCAAGUCAACACCGGCGUACUGACUAAACCCUUUAACUGUACUAACAAACAGCUGCUUCUGUUCUAUUUACUGUUGAUUACUUUCAACACUUGUCCCAUAUUGUGUUAAUGACCUUUGCCUUGUUAUUAUUGAUAUGCUGUGAGUGUCCACUGUCUCUGUGGACAAGCAUUUUGUUGUUUCCAAUUACUUUUGGAAAUGUUUUCUUCUCAUUCCACAGUAGAACAUUUUAGACUUCUUUGUGUUUUUACCUCCUACUAGUGGCACAGACUGAUAUGACCAUGUUCUAGGGCUGCAGCAUCGAUAGACAUCUUUCUUUAUACCAAAGGUAUUCAAAAAAACACACGUGAACCCGCUGUGGAAUCUUAACAGAACUAAUGCAACAGCCUCUAAAACAUCUUUGAUGACCAAGUGUGAACUACUUGUUAACCUUUAAAAAAACAAAAAGCAUGAUGCAGCUCUGUGCAGCAUGAGUAUGAAAGCUGUCAGUCACCAUAGCAACCUCUUCUGCAACAGUCGCUUUUAUUUAAUUGUAGUUUGAGGAAAGAAAGAAAGAAGAACCAUAAACUGUGUUUAGCAGAAUAAAUGUGAACAAAUGUUUAUUUUUAUUGAUACAUUCAUAUACAAAACAAAUAUAUAAACCAGAAGUGCACAAUGUCGGAUCAUUGUCAAAUGCAUUUAGGGGGAAUCAACUUCAUACAGGCAGAUCGGGGGGGAUAAACAUUACAUUCGACAGCAGAUAGAACUUGAACUACAAUAUCACAUAUUAUCAUUAAGUGAAGAUAUAAAUUAAAUGGUCACAACUAUGAAAUUCUUAAUGCAUAUCAUAGCACAAUGUACGACUAAAAAACUGACAUGCACAAACACGACAGGAUUGUCUCAUUGGUUGCAUUUAAGCUUACACCUUUAUUGCCAAGGUAGCACUUUUUUUAAAUGCAGUUUCCACAUUAACUAUGGACAAAGCUGUUUAAAAAUAGUAUUUUGGCAAGGAAUACAAGCAAGUAACAAAGUGCCAUAGUGUACGUACAGUAAUCUUAUAAUAACUAAUAUGUAACUAACAACAGGUUGUUUCAUCUCUUCACAACACUUGACAUAAAUUAGUGCUACAUGAAAUACACUUGCUACAUCAGGUUUGUAAUAAGAUGCGUCAUAAACGACAGAGGAUGUGUUUUUGGGACUUAAAAAGAACUCAAAUGAACAUUUCAUUAAGAUUGUCACCAAUGUUCAUCAGUGUUCUUCAUGUAAAGUGCGCCCACAUAAUGAGCAUGGCAUGAAACAAGAGCAGACCCACCGGCUUCACAAUCCUGUUAAGUUAGAUCAAAGUCCCACUGUGAGUUAACUCAACCGGUCCUGGUUGAGUCUUGUUUACUGAGCAGGGCCUCCAGUAGACGGAGCUUCGCUUAGAGGUCCUGAUCCUGGACAAGCCCUGUUAACAAUACAUGGAGGGGAAAAAAGAUGCAAACACAAGGCAGAACUUCAGUAGUUUCAAACAAACUGCAGCAGCUUCCAUAACUGGUUGAUAGUCCCUAUGUUGCCUUACUCAGAUAGCUUUGUACAGUGUGUAUUGUAUUCAAAAACUUACUGUGUUUAAUUUGGAGGACUAACAUGUACGGUACAAAGGAUGUGUACAGAGCAAACGUCUAUCUCUUCGUCUCUUUCCUGAGCUCUCUGUGCGGUAUUAACGUUAAGUGAGUGUGCGUUACACUGUCGUACCAUUACGAUGGCAUUUCUUUUGUGGAUGUUUUUCUCUUUGUUUUUCACAAGGCAUUGUUGAAAAACCAAAAUGUUCCAAGUUUAUUCAAAGACAAAAUAAAAUUCAAAAGCCAAGUA